AUGGAGCAAACGCAGUCCUCUACGGGCACCCACCUGACACUUCUUGCCCCCCCCCAAGAAGUCCUCACCCUAAUCGUGUCACAACUCUGUCUGCACUGCCACGAGCGCGAACGCGGUCGCAUCAUCCCUUACACCUACCUCGAACGCGAAUGUGACUUUAACAAGCCCGAACUAUCUACCUGGUACUAUCUCAACCGUCUCGCCCUCUACAACCUGUGCCUCGUAUCCCGCCAAUGCCGUUCCAUCGCCGAGCCCAUCUUGUAUCAUGAAUUCCCACCGUUCUGGGCCUUCUACCCGUCACCGUCCGCAUACCCCGACUGGGCCGACCGCCUGGCCAUGUUCCUUCGGACCGUCGGGCUGGACUCGGCCAAGGCGGCAUAUGUGCGCAGGGUCUGCAUCCACAGCAACCGUAUGCGUUGCGGGGGUGAUCUAGAACUGGCUGCUCUGGCCGUCAGGGAAGUGUUCCAGGCGCGUGGCAUUCAACUCGGCCCUGUGUACGAUGCUAUCGCUAAACGGGAGUUAGAGCUCUCAGACUUUGGGGUAAGGCCGGGCAGCAGGCCGCCAGACGGGCCGAAGCUUGAAAUGGGCGUGUUGUUGCUGCUUGCUGUGCUGCCAAACCUGACUAGUCUUGUCUUGCCAAACGGCUUUCCGAGCAUUGGCAUUCCCUCGCAGGCGAUUCGUCUUUUGGGCCGCGAGCAGCUUGUCCUCCAGAGCUACGAGGUCAGGGCCAGCAGACCAGGAGGUUUCCUCCGAUAUCCGCUCAACGUGCUCGAGAUGGCUUCCGAAACGCUUACUUCAUUGACCUUGGAUUACCCAUUGGAUCUUUCUUUACGACUGAUAGAACCUGUUCCGCUGCCUAACUUGCGACACCUUUAUCUUCUUAAUUCCAGCAUCGGGCAUCAGAAUCUCAAGGGCGUCGAUCAUUGGCUGUUCAAACUUAAGGGGCUGGAAACGUUCGAUUAUGAAAGUGCUGGAAGUUGUCUUCACAACAUCGCCGCUAAAAUGGUCUACCGUCUCUACAUCACCAAUAAAAAUUACUCCUCCUGGUCCCUUCGCGUCUGGCUGCUCAUGCGCCAGCUCGACAUCCCCUUCAUCGAGGAGUUUCGCCCCAUGAUCUCAGGCACUUUCAGCCAGCCGCAAUGGAAGGAGUUUUCUCCUGUCGCCCGAGUCCCCUGCCUCCAUGUCCUCCCUGACAACCCUCACACCGAUUCCGAACCCCUCAUCCUCUGGGACUCCCUCUCCAUCACCACCUUCCUCUCCCUUUCCCACCCCGAAAAACCCAUUUACCCAAGUAGUCCCCAAGCCCUAGCCUGGUCCCUCUCCGCCGUGGCCGAGAUGCACUCUUCUUUUACAUCCCUCCGCGACCACCUAGCCAUGAACAUUGGCGUCCGCGUUCAGCUCUCUUAUCCCCUCCCCGCAGGCGUUGUCAACGACCUACAGCGCUUGAACACCCUCUGGACCGAGGGCCUAACCCGCUUUGGUGGGCCGUGGUUGGUAGGGAAGGAAUUCAGUGCGGUCGAUGCGUUUUAUGCGCCUGUGGCGUUGAGACUGAGGACGUAUGUCGGGUUGGAGGAGGAGUUUUUCUCGAGAGAGGCAAAAGGGUGGGUGGAGAGGGUGUUGGGGUUGGAGAGUGUGAGGGAGUGGGUGAGGGAUGCGGUGGGGGAGAGGUUGAGGGAGGAGGUGCAUGAUAAGGAGAGUAUGGGGGGAGAAGGGAGGAGGGUUUUGGAUGAUUUGAGGGCUAAGUGA